UGGUCUACAACGUGUCUCUCUCUCUCGUUCCUUUACCUACUUGCUUUCACCCAUUGUUGUACAAAGUCUGCUCUCCUCAAAUCUGAGGCUUUCUCACCGUUAAUUUACAAAGUUGGGCAAAAGAUCUUAACUAAAGCCAGGUUUCACUACUUGGUCUAUUUGCAUAUACAUUCUUCUCACCGAGAAAGUGAGCACGGUUGUGUUUUCCAGGAGAUCAGUCUUUCUUCGUGUCGGCUCCUCGUUAGCAAGCUGAGUCAUUUCUUCUCUCUCUCUCUCCGCCGAAAUAAUAAUUCUGCUGAGGUGACAAGUGUUUGAUAAAAUAACUAAGGUUGCGAACUUUGGAUGUAAAUUGGCAAAAUUUGUAACUGCAUUGCAACUUUUGUUUACACAGUCUUCCUUUCAAAGAAGGGAGAAGAGACGCGUCUUGCUUUGAGUCGGUUGAAUAAGUCGGAAUUUUGUAAAGGAUUCAAAUUGAAGGGGACGUUUGAUUCGGGAGGCAUUGAAAACGCUGCACUUUUGGUGACAGUUGUGCCAAGAGUGGUAAAAUGACUGUGUUUCUAAAGUUUUUCUAAAAAUGCCCCAAAAAUUCUGAGAAUCCUGAGACGAACGGAAAUGUGACAUUUAAGGAAGCGAAUAGGAACAAUAAGGUUACGAGACGAGAAGGAGGACCUAUUUUCUGACAAACUUUACAAAACCGUGUUAUUUAUUGGAUUACUCAACCAAAUCCGUCGUUAUUUUUCAACCUUCACCUUAUCAAUGUACUGUAUUGUUCGGGACAGAGUAAUAAAUUGAAUUCUAGUCAGAUGACGAAUUAUUACUGACCGUAAAGUCUGCCAACAAUAGGAGAAACCUGGACCGAGAACGGAACGGAACAACAAACACUUUUUCUAUUUUUUUUCGGGGAGGAAUACAAGAGAAUAAAAUAAAUAAAUAAGUAAGGUCACUUUUUUUCCAUCUCUCAGACUCUGUCAGUUAGAAAGACCUAAAUUCACUCUCUUUCAAGUGGUAGUGUUGAAUAACUAUCAAGUCCAGAAAUCCUGUACGGUGGGUAAACAACCACAAAAGAGAUUGAAAAGUAAAAAAAGGUGCUGAAAAGAAGGCAAUUUUUGACCAUCACUCGACUUCAGUCAGAAGAAAAGAAACUUAUCAAAUUUUGUGGUCUUGAGUGAGUGAGUGAAAGUCGAGUGAAAAAAUCUACCCAUCUCCACCCGAGAAAAAAAGUGAGGUGAUGAGUGAAACAAGAUAUCUUCUCACAUUAUUGCUUUCGCUGCCCUUCUACCCGUCCAAUUUGGCUUGGAGAAGAGGAAAGAAGUGAUAUUUGAUCCAAAUAACCCAAACAACAGAGAACAAAACGAAGAGAAGAAUAUCAUCUGUGAGGCACAGUAAGGAAGAUGGAUUACAUCAGGGAGUUCGACAUUCGCCUCGAGAAAGAGAUGUAUUAUGCCGGAGAAACUAUGUCGGGCGUUGUGGUGUUAGAUACUUCGGAGAAUUUUAAAGUUAAAGCAAUACGCGUCCUUUUACGUGGCAAGGCACACACGGAGUGGAAAGUGAUGGUAAGUGGGGACCGGAGGACGGUAAAAGAUGACCAAUAUUUCAUCGACGAUCGUUGCGUGAUUUGGGGAAAAGAGAAAGGAGAAGGAAAUGUCCCAAUUCUACCCCGAGGAACGCACCAAUUUCCGUUCCGUUUCCAAAUUCCGGAAAGUUCGCUCCCAUGUUCGUUCGAAUCUCGAGCAGGCACAAUCCGCUACUACCUCAAAGUCACGGUGGACAUUCCCUACGCUUCCCCACCUCAGGGAAUGAAGUAUUUUACGGUCAUUGGGCCUCAUCUUGACUGCAUGGAUUACUUGCGCCCAACGAGAGGAGAAACCCGGCGGAGAAGAUGCUGCCUGUGCUGCGAGAGUGGGAAAGUCUCGCUCAAAACGGAUUUAGAAAGGUCGGCCUACGUUUGCGGUGAGAGUUUACGUGUCCGGGCCGACAUUGAUAACCAGAGUGAGGAGGAAGUUCGCCUCAAGCUACGCCUGGUGCAGUAUUUGGAGUACUACAUCGACCGAGGAGUCCUUGGCGUGGAGAAGGAAGGGUCCAACACGAUUCUCGAGUAUCGCGGUGCCCCGGUCGCACCCAGAUCGAGGAUAAAAUGGGAUUCGCAGCAGAACUUGGUCGUCCCCACGAUGCCUCCCACAAUGCUCGGCGUCUGUCGCCUUAUCCAAAUCUACUACGUCUUGAAGGUGAACGUCGAGCUGGAAAAGUCCGGAGAAGACCUCCACAUGCACUUUCCCAUCACGAUUGCAACCGUGCCGUUUCGAAUUCCCAAUUCCAACCAAACGCCUAUCAUCACUUACGAGGUGGCCUGCGACCAUGCCGAGGGAGGGAUGUACAUUGGCCCUGAGUUUCUCCUUGGUCAAGUUUACGAUGGGACGUCGGAAUCUGGAGAGUCGAUCGUCCUCUAUAGACCCAUCUACCCCACGGUGAAGUCGGGGAAAGGAAUGCUCAAUAACACGACGACGAGCAUUAAUAAUUCCAUACAAUCUCAGCCCCAGUCUUCCGCCGCCUCUACUCCCAACGCGACCAAAGGAUUAAAAGUUGAUGUCUCUAAAGACUUUGCUUCAAUCCUGCAAAACCAGCAACCACUAGUACAUCAACCACCGAACAAACCUGGAACUUCCUCCGCAGCAGGAGCAUCUACAGCUUCGAAUAAUAAAAGUAGCACUAGUGGCAUUACAAGUCCUUCGUCAAAUUCAAAUUUAAUUAGCGCAACACCAACACAAGGCACUACCACCAUCACGGAUGUUACUGCUGCAUCGGAAGUAGGAAGGUCGUCGUUGUCGUCAAUUCCCAUCGGUGGUGGUGGUGGUGAUGGUACUGUUGAGAGCAGCAGCAGUAGUCGUGGUGGUCAAUCUACAAAUAAAUCUUUGAAGAAAGACCCAUGCUCCAGCUCAAGCCUUGCGUCCGUAAUUUUGCCCACAGUCCAUAAAAGUGGCAAGCCUGCUGCCGAAGAAGGCAAGUUACCACCAAAUUCUUCGUCUUUAGCGGAAACCAACAAUUUUGCGACUACGACAAACACUGGUCCAUCCGGUAGCUCGAAUAAACGGACGAGAAAGUUGAAUCCCAUGCUGAGUUCGAGCAGUACGAGCAGCAGCGGGGCCCAUGUGAGUUUCGAUACGGCGGAAUCUGGCCUGGUUGGAGAAGGCGGACCCUCCACAUCUGCAUCCAUGUCAAAAAAGUUAUCCAAAGCUUCGUCGUCGUCAACAAGUUUGAAUAGCGCGAGUAAGUCCAAGAGCAGGGAGGUAGCAGCCAAAAUAGUGUCAGAGUCAGGGUCUGGUAGCUCUGAAGUAAAAUGUGCUGCAGUUGACAUUACCGUCGUGUCCAAAAUUGGGAAGGAUGACACCCUUGCCAAAAGCACGAAGGAGGGGGCCGUGUUCCCUGGGAAAGUUGUCAAAUUAGAAGCUUCCACUAUUGGUGGCACAACUAUUGGCAGUAAUAGCGAACAUUACGCAACCACAAGUAUGGAAAAAGUGCCGAAUCCUGAAACAUCAUCAUGAGUGGGGAAAGCAGGGGCGGAAAAAAGCACAAAAAAGUAAAUGCAUUCUCCUUUCGUCGAGCAAGCCAAACUUUUUUCCAGUCGACUUGCACACUAACUUGACAUGAUUCGUUUAUUGAUAUGAUGAUAUUACGUAGUAAAAGUAAUAAUAUAUAAGAGUAUAGCGCAACAUUGGCAAUCACAGCUUGUGCAAAAAAGUAUAUAUACAUCUUCCACAUAUACCGAUUUUGAUGAGCUGUUUUGGACAUUUAUGAUAAAAAUGGUACAUAAAUCAUAGGUUUAAAUAAAGUAUGGAUUACACAUGCUCUCUCAUUUUUGUGUCCUCGUAACCAGCUCACUUUUCGAGAUUACUGUAAGAUUACGAUAUCAAAGGAGUGGAUAUAAUGAAGGUGCUCUCUUCUAAAUAGUUGUAACGAGUGGGUGAAUCAAAUGCAAAAAUUCUCACUAAUUUACAAUAAAUAAAUUAGUAGUCAGAAACUUUCACCAAUUUGAGUACCUGAUCGUCGGCUGAUUGAUACAUAAAAGAUAUUUUAAUCCCGUCUCGAUUGUGCGAGACCUCGUUAAGUAAAUAAGUUUCCAAAUGAGCUGGAGGCAAAUUAAUACGUAGGCAUAAUAAUUACACUAAUAAUGCUACUAAAUCCGUAAUAAGUUAUACUUAUGGACGAGUAGUUUGUACAGCUUGUAUAUGCUGUGAUUUGAUUUUCAUACGUACAUAUUUACACAAAAUAACCAACCAUGUGAAAUAAUUAUAUCCCGAUAUCAAUCAAUUCCCAGACUUGUAAUUGGAUUUUGCAGCAACGAGAAAAUUUAAUUUAUUACUUAAUUUACUUACUUCUCCCAAUCAAGCUUGCCAAUCCAGUCAGCCAUUCAUGAUUCAUUGUUAAAUAUGGACACACAUAUGGGCAUCAAUUGCAGCGUCGCGUACAAGGGGGCUUGAUUGCAUUGAAAUUAUACACCAUUGAUUCCUCUUUAUGUUGUGAAUGUAAUUUAUGAAAAUUAUACAGAUUUUAUAAUACACACUUAAGAAAUGGUGGUGAUGAUGAUGAGUAAUAAAUUGGAGAGAGAAUAAUAAUAA